CCCACCGCUGCCCGGAUCCGAGGAUCGCAGCAUGGAGCUUUCGGAGCUCGACAUUUCUUCCGCCGAGGCUGGCAGACACCAGUAGGACGCACAAAUCGCUCACCACAAGAGGAACUAGUCUGUGGAAUCCGGCAUGAUACCCUAGACGGCAGUUUCUUCGUGUCUACGGAGCACAACCUAGCUGGUUAGCCCCUGCUGAAAAACGACCGCGCACAAUUCGCGCGGCGCCCCGGUUACCGUCCGGAUUGAGUACAACACCGGACGCUGCCUCUUCUGUGGAAGAUGUUGCUCCAUUGCCACUCAAGAUGGCUUCGCAACCAAAGAUCAUGAUGGCUGCGAGCUUACAGCGGGCCAAAUUAGCCCCCUUACUACGAUCUCGAGACCCUUGCGCCGCGCUAUCCCGACGACCAUGGGCUCCUCGAUGCGGUACGCUGAGCGCGUCCCUAUCCUCCUCCUCCUCCCUCCGAGCCGUGUUUCAUACGACCACCAUCCGUAACUAUGGGCCUAAAACACCGAGUGUCGAGACGGGUCAGCCGGCCACUCCCCAGAAACCAACAGCCCGUCCACAGCAGGAUCCUCUCGCAACGAUAGACAAGACCGCGCAGGAGCAGCGCAAGGCCGAUUGGGCCAUCAUGAAGGAGAUGUCGCGCUACCUAUGGCCGAAGGACAGCUGGGGGGACAAGAUGCGCGUCAUGUUGGCAGUGGGCUUGCUGGUGGGAGGCAAGGUCCUCAACGUGCAGGUGCCCUUUUACUUCCGCGAGAUUGUCGACUCCCUGAAUGUCGAUAUCGCCGCAACAGGCGGUACGGUGGCCACCGUCGCGGGCACCAUGAUCUUUGCCUACGGCGCUGCCAGAAUCGGAGCGGUCUUGUCUCAGGAGCUACGCAAUGCUGUGUUCUCUUCCGUUGCCCAGAAGGCGAUCCGCAGGGUGGCCACCAGGACGUUCGGCCAUCUCCUGAACCUUGAUCUCAGCUUCCACCUGUCCAAGCAGACCGGUGGCCUUACUCGGGCCAUUGACCGCGGUACGAAGGGCAUUAGCUUCUUGCUGACGAGCAUGGUCUUCCACAUCGUGCCGACAGCGCUGGAGAUCAGCAUGGUGUGCGGCAUCCUGACAUAUCAGUUCGGCUGGGAAUUCGCCGCCAUCACGGCGCUUACCAUGACGGCUUACACGGCCUUCACCAUCUGGACUACGGCGUGGCGGACAAAGUUCCGGCGCCAGGCCAACGCCGCGGACAACAAAGCGUCGACAGUCGCCGUGGACUCGUUGAUCAACUACGAGGCGGUCAAGUACUUCAACAACGAGCAGUACGAGAUCGGCCGCUACGACAAGGCGCUGCAGCAGUACGAGAAGAGCUCCAUCAAGGUCGCCACCUCGCUUGCCUUCCUCAACAGCGGCCAGAAUAUCAUCUUCUCCUCCGCCCUCACCAUCAUGAUGUGGCUCGGCGCAAAAGGCAUUGUCGCGGGCACCCUCUCAGUCGGCGACCUGGUGCUCAUCAACCAGCUCGUCUUUCAGCUGUCCGUCCCACUCAACUUCCUGGGGUCGGUCUAUCGCGAGCUGCGCCAGUCUCUCCUCGACAUGGAGACCCUCUUCAACCUGCAGAAGGUCAACGUCUCCAUCAAGGAGAAGCCCAACGCCCCCGCCCUCUUGCUCCCCAAGGGCGGCGAGAUCCGCUUCGAGAACGUCACCUUCGGCUACUACCCGGACAGACCCAUCCUCAACAACCUGUCCGUGACGAUCCCAGCCGGCAAGAAGGUCGCCGUCGUCGGCCCGUCCGGAUGUGGCAAAUCCACCAUCCUCCGCCUCCUCUUCCGCUCCUACGAACCGCAACAAGGCCGCAUCUUCAUUGAUGACCAGGAUAUCCGCUCCGUCUCCCUCUCGUCCCUCCGCCGCUCCAUCGGCGUGGUCCCGCAAGACACUCCCCUGUUCAACGACACGGUCGAGCUCAACAUCCGCUACGGCAACAUCAACGCCCCGCCCGAGGCCGUCUACGCCGCGGCCCGCCGCGCGCACAUACACGAUAAGAUCGAGUCCUGGCCGCACGGGUACCAGACCAAGGUCGGCGAGCGGGGCCUGAUGAUUUCCGGCGGCGAAAAGCAGCGGCUGGCCGUGUCGCGGCUGAUCCUCAAGGACCCGCCGCUGCUGUUCUUUGAUGAGGCGACGAGUGCGUUGGACACGCACACUGAGCAGGCGCUGAUGGCGAAUAUCAAUGAGGUGUUGCGGGAGAAGCGGAGGACGAGCCUGUUUGUUGCGCAUCGGUUGAGGACGAUUUAUGAUGCCGAUGUCAUCAUUGUGUUGGAGGGCGGAAGGGUGGUGGAGAUGGGCAGUCACCGGGAGCUGAUGGAGCGGAAUGGCCUGUAUGCGGAGCUGUGGAUGGCGCAGGAGAUGCUGAUGAGCGAGCAUGGAUGAGGAGAGGAGUUACACGAGGAGAAGGCGGAGUGAAGCUGAGGUGAUUUCAUCGAACAUGUGUGUCGUGUGUAUGCGUACACAGUAUGCGUAUAUCUGCAGCCCACCCCUGCCCGGGGCCCUUUUUAAAAAAAAAAGCACGUUCUAUGGCUCCGGCCAGCCCUCCCG